AUGCAUAUGUUUCUGCUGGUUGCCUUGGCUACUGCGACAGCUUGGGAUGUAGAGUUGGCUUGUCUGGACACAGCUGAGUGGAGCAAGUAUCAUGCAGCUUAUGAAGUGGCUGCCAGAGCCACAGCACUGGAGGGCAGUGAUAGAGCUGUGUCCAGAGCGUCUUUGGGGAAGGAGUUGCUCGCCAGAACUUCUAACGUCACAGAAGUCUUGUCAUGCAAUGUUGGUGUCGUGGCCGGUUACUAUUUGCUAGCUCAUCUUGUUUCUCAGGAAGUGAAAUCAAUGAAUCCAGGUAACAUUUUUGGGCUUAAACCCUUUGAGCACAGAACUGGCCUUGCUUAUCGGCUUCUGCAACUUGCGCUGAUAUUCAUUUUCACCCUGCGCAAUGCCAACCGCAUACCCUCAGGGCCAGCUCAAGCUUGGGGGGUAACAGAGCACCAUAUCAUACCCGCUCUUUUGCAGAUGCGACGUGGGCAGGAUGAGUGGCUGAAAAACCAUGUCCAAAGACUUCAGCCAAUUUCACCGAGUUUCCGUGAUCCUAACCUCAACAUUGCAAUUGUUUCAAUUUGUGCUUACCCAGCGGACCAUCCAUUGGUCUUGCCGAAGCUUACGCCAGCCAAUCGUGAAACCUAUGCAAACCGUCAUGGCUACGCUCUCCGAGUGCACCUCGAGCAUCCUAUCAUUGGAGCUCAUGGAUUAGGCGUCCAGCAUGCCAAGCUGGCGACUGUGCUAGCGUACCUCCAAUCCAAUGAGUUUGACUGGGUGGCGUGGCUGGACUGUGACUCAAUUAUAAUGAACAUGAACCGAACCUUGGAUUCCAUCAUCUACCAGUACACUCAGAAGAGAGCUGAGGCUGAGAUGGAGGCUGGUUUGAAAGAGGCAAAGAAUCCAGCACCCGUUUGUGGUGAGAAGCUGGACAUGCCGGAUUUGCUCAUUGGCGAGUGGUCUGACUCCUGGGUGACGGAUGACUUGCGUGAGGAGAGCUUGAUACGAAUCCGCAGAGGCGAGCUUGCUAUGGAUUCAAGCGCAGUUUGGGCUGAAGCGCCGCAAAUUGGCUUGGUGCAAGGCGAAGUCCAAGGCAACCAGUUGGAAAUGGACUUUGGAGAUGCAAAGCUCCAGGCUGAGAUUCAGUGGAACAUCACAGGAAACGGAGCCGUGGAACUGCUGUGGGAGAACGGGGCGCGGUGGGUGCACAGAGUUGAUCAUCAAUCCUGCCGCGAACCCUGCCGCGCGAUUGGACCUGGCUGUGAUUCACAACUUUUGGACCCAGAGGUCAACCUACUGAUCACAGAGGAGGGAUGGGGUUUGAGCUCGGCGAAUUGGCUGAUAAAGCGUAGCGCUUGGUCGAUGAAGUUUUUACAUGAUGCCCUCACGGCGGCUCAUGUAGAACUUCAACUCUUUGGGGAUCAGGACGCUAUGAUUCUCCACUUGAUGAAUCGCCAAGCGCUUGAAGUGGUUCAAGAACCGAGCCUCGAAGAUGCAACCUUAUACCAAGACCCCCUUGAUGCCCACGCUGCAGUCAUACCACAAUUCGAGCUCAACGCGUACGAUGCCCUGAACGCUCUGACAAUGGAAUGCGAUGCAUUUGUCGAGGGAGACCUUUUGGUAACCUUUCCUCAGUGCAAGGAAGCGGAAGGCUGCAACGAUGUCUUCGAGCUCGCCGCCGAAUAUGCCAAUGAUGACGGAAAGCUGCUUGAGCCUGAUGCCGGUGCAUGGUGGCGGCGACAAGAAUCAACACCGAAAUGGUCCAGGUAUAGCCAGCUUUCUUCAGCGGCCCUGCGAAUCUUUGGACCAAGACCUUUGAUUAGAGAAGUCUACACACAAGAGCAACAGCUGCGGAAAAGAUGCAGGAGCACCAGCUUUUGCAUGCGCAGAGCUGAUGCCGCGCACCUCUUGACCUUUUGA